AUGUCUUCUCCCUCCAUGCCUCCCCCUCCUUCACCACUUGCUCAUCGACGGACUCGAGUCCAUACAAAAGUCCACUAUCCCCCGUCUCCACCCUACUCACCGGAAACAUCACCAUGUGCUAUUCGUAAGAUGUCCUUGUCGAAGGGCGCAACAUUCCAUGUCCCGUCCUCACCACCAACCGAGGACUCUCCCGUCCUGAGCAUUCGUCACCUGGCUCGACGAUCGCCUACCUAUUCGCAGGCCUCGCUCAUCAGUCUGUUGUUUGAAAAAGAGGAAGGCGCUGCUCGCUCCAUACAAGACUUUGAGCAUACCUUCUCUGGUGCUCGAGGCAAACGACGGGCGCACCGCAGGGGCGUCAACGAAGCCAGUGGCCGCCGUGGUGUGUACAAUCCCACUCAUCUGCCUUCUGACGAGGGUCUCGGAUCAUCCGCCAGCACACCAACGGACAAAGACUUGACCAGAGUGUUCGAGAGGGCACUUGACCUGGACAGCGGACUCGGAUCGUCCAUUAAGACCGAGAGUGCCAAAGAAACACAUGUACGAGCUGGAGGUGAGACUUCUGAAGAAGACGGUCUUUUUGUGGGAGACUUGAUUCAAGGUUGGAUUGCUCGUUGUGUCUUGAUGUACUUUGACACUGUUGACACUCAGUUUGCAGGUGUUGUGAACAGGGAGCCCCAGAUCAGGCAACGCAGCCUUGCAUCCGAAGCUCAGUCUGCUAUUGUUCGAUCUAUCUCACCCAUGACCUCCAGCACACCUGGACACUCACACUUGAGCACUUUUGCCCGCAAGCAGUUUGCGGACAAUAUCUUGCAACCUAUUCUUCGCGAAGAUCGUUUCAAGUUCUUCCAUCCUCUCGUGUCCACUCUUGGUUCCAGAACCAACAAGACCAUCAAAUGUCUCCGUGAUCUGGAACAAAGUCUCAUCUUCGAGCCCCUUGUAAGCACCCUUCUUGAGCUCAACAGCAUGUCAAAUACUGACGCUCCCUCUUCAACCCCAAAGAGACUCGCCAUCUCUCACACAUUAUACCGAUCUUUUGGCGAAUUCUCUAUUCAACUCGUUCUUGACACAUUCCAUCAUCUCUCUGAACCAGAACAGAGGCGUGCUUCUGAUCGGCCCUACGACAACGGUUACUUCCUUGAUCUUGUUCAGCAAGUUGGAAGACUGGCAGCUCAGGUAGGCGCCGCUAGACGAGCUCGCUCCGGUGAAGAGGCCGCAGCAGCUGACGCCGACGAGAUGGAUUACUCACCGUAUGUACCCACUGUCGACCCUUCCACUGCCCUCCUCUCACAUCAGUCCAGGGACGAUGAGGUGACCCUCGAAGGGGGUCUAAGCCAAACCGGUCGCCCGGCCGAGCUCGUCAGGUGGAAAAAUGGAGAAGGAGUAUCUCUCCGUACCAACGAACGCUACGAAGCGCAGCCCCUCAUCAAACGCCAACGAAGCAAUGAUUCACUUGAUGAUGAUGCUGAGCGAUCAAUGGCGCGACGCAAGAAAAAUGCAGAGCCCAAAAUAACAGAGCUGAGAUGUUCUGACAGGACCUGCGAUAAGAUCUUCAACCGAAAAUGCGAUCUUGCUAAACACGAAAAGACCCACUCUCGGCCAUUCAAAUGUCCCGAAAAAACUUGCAAAUACCACGAUCAAGGCCUUCCCACUGAAAAAGAGCGGGAUCGGCAUGUCAACGACAAACACUCUACCAAUCCUCGUUACUUUCACUGCAAGUAUUGUCCCUUCAAGACCAAGCGAGAUAGCAAUUGCAAACAGCACAUGGAGAAAAAGCACGGCUGGACAUAUGAACGGGUAAAAGGCGGUGCUAAAUCGGCGAGAACGCCUCAGCAAACACCGCAGACACCAAGCAUGUCAACGCCAAGUAUCUCUGAUGAUUGGGGAAAUACAUCUGUUUAUGGAAGUGAUGGUGGCAGCAAUUUCACGCCGUACACAACGUCACUGGAUGACUUUGGGGACACGAUGCAGCCUCCCACAAACCCUUACCAGGUGUCUCUGUUCCCAUCCAAUCCUACGCCUCCCAGCAGAACCUAUGGUUACGGCUCCCCAGAGCUUAACUUCAACUCUUCACCAUACGGUCCUGGCUGUUCAGCACCUCUCCCUGGAAACGUGAACUUCACUUCUCCAUAUGCUUACAAUCAGGGAUACCUCGACACCCCUUUGACACCAGCACACACAGCUGGACCUGCCUUCAAUGUGACUUCUUCCAACCCAUUACACAUCGACAUCGAUUAUCAGGGGGAUUUCUCUGCAAGGUUGCCAACCUCUGGCUCCCAUUCUCUUCAGCCUCAGUCAAGAAAUCCUUCUAUUUCGGGAAUAUCCCCCAUGAUCGCAGAAGAUGAUCUCUUCCAACCGCCUCUGCAACCAAGCCAUCCGGCUGAUCACACCAUGUCCAACACCUACACGGGUAUGACAGAUCUUCCGAACGAUGAUUUUGCGUUGUUUGGUGCAUCGGGUGAUCUUAGUAUGGUCCCAUCGACUGCAGACGUCUCUUAUGAGCAUAUGGAAAUGUUCAGCAACAUGGAACCAGAAUAUAACGACUCCCAGCUCGGACGCUACCUGAAUCUCUAA